AUGGUGCGGUUUAGCGCAGCCUGGAGCUGCCAAUUGGCCCUGAUUGCAUUGGUUAUGGCGGUUUCCGCCUCCUCGUCGGAUUAUCCAGGCGUGAUCGAACUGGUGGGCUAUAGCAAUCGCCGGGCACGCACCUAUUUCCAGGAGACCCCGCGCUCCUCCAACCCAAAUCCCAGUCCCAGCUUGACCUCGGCCAAGACCCGAGCGGACAUUGAGACCGUGAAGAGGAAUAUAAGGAAAUAUGAUCGUUUGCUAGAACUCGAUACAAAAAAUCUGCCGGAGCAGCAAAAGGAUAUGCUGGCCAGGAUAGUGGAGCGAGUGGCCAGGCUAAAGGAGUCCCUGGACAUUGAGGAGCAGCAAUUCAAUCGUCAGGAGGCUACCACUGCCUCCAGGAGCAGUAUUUCAAGCACCACACAGCAGCAACAAGAAGCGCAAACGGAAGCGGAAACAGAGCAGGAUCGGGAACAGAGCACAGUGUCACCGACUGGAGCCACCAUUGAGGCCGAGACAGAUCCCACUCUAGUCCUGGAUGAGACCACACUCCUGGAACUACAAAACACAAUGAACGAACAGGCGGCAAUGAGUACCAUUAUGAAGGAGCUGCCCACCACCACGGAUGUGAGUCAGCAGGAAACGGAAACCGAUUCAGAGGCCACCGAUGAGGAGGGUGAAACCACAUCUCCCAAUCUCACCACACUGUCUGAGCAACAGGCGCAGGCUUCCACAACCAGUGAUGAAUCCCUCACCGAAUCCACCGAUCCUGAUGAUCAAUUUGUGGCCGCCAGAUCGAACAACAAUAUUGCUGCCAUAACGGCAGCCGAUGAUGCUGAUGGCAGCACCACAACCACUGCCAAUUCGGGCAGUCAACAGAGGACUCUAACCACCAUGGGAAAACUGAAAAAUCGGGCCACCAAGCGACCCUUUGCCCACAAGGUCACCGCUGCCCUCAAGCGAGGAGGUCAGCGUCCAAGCAGUGUCAGUGCCGCAGCUGCCAAUGCAGCGGCGGCCUCGAAACCCAGUAGCAGUGGCACCACCUCAUCCACCGGUGGUGCCUUGAAGCAGAAGAUCUCCACCACCAACAGUUUCAAGCAGCAACAAGCGAAGCCCUUGCAAAAGGUCACCCCCUCAAUUGGUGGAGGCACUGCAUCCUCUCCAUCUUCAGCCUCAUCUUCUGCAUCAUCAUCAUCAUCGCUGCCUUCGAUUACCACCAAUUCGGCAGCUCCUGCUUUGCCCAUCGAACAGUUGUACACUAGGACACCUCAGGCCAAUAUUCCUUUAGCUGCAGCCGCUGCAGCAUCCUCUUCAGCCGCCGCAGCUGCCGCAGGAUCAACAGGAGGCACUGCAGCCACAUAUAGCAGCCAGCAGGAUAGCAUGGUCUACGAUGGUCAUGUGAAUGCCUCAGCCCUGAUCGACAGCCUCAAUACACACGCUCGCGAGGAGUACUAUCAGCAGAAAUUGGGAGCGGGCAACAAGGAUAAUAAGAAAACGGCGACAGCGAAACCAACAAAAUAUCAUUAUUAUCCCCACAAUCAGCACAUUUAUUUGCUGCCCGAAUGCGCCAUUCAGCAGGUCUGCAAUGCCGUCUACGUAAGACUCAACUAUACCCAGCCAUUGUGUGCCUGUCCAUCCAGAUAUCGUGAUCCCUGCUCUGCCAGUCUCAACGAAGAUGAUCAGCAUACCACAAAAUUGGUUGGCGAUAAUAAAAAGAAGGCCAUCACACUGGCCAAGACCUGUGAGGCCACCACGGAGAUGCGUGAAUGCCGCUCACCCAAGGAUUGGUCUCUGCUGGCACUUCAGAAUACAAGAACCGGAAAGUCGCAUUAUCUGGUUAUCUGUCGCUGUCCCGAUCACUUCAAAAUGGAGGGACCCAUGGCUCAUGACCAGCCCACAUAUGCCAGUGUGCCCGGCAUCCGAGUCUUUGGCAUGAUGUGCGUGAAGCCAGGCUACUCUGUGCGCAAGCCCAGCACCCAGCCACCCAAGAGAUAUCAGCUGCAGAAGCCCUUCUAUCGUCCCUCCAUCGGAGGAGGUAUCGGAAGUGGUUCCCUGGGAGGUCAGAAGGAUAGCUACGGUCGUCCCAUCUAUGGCGGAAGUGGCUCUGUGGGCAGUUCAGCCAUCAGUGCCAACUAUCAGCCGCAGGAUCAGAGCUUCCAAAGUGGCGGCAGCAGUUCGUAUCAGUAUCUAAACCGUCCGGAGAGUAGCGGAAGCAGCCAUAGCUCUGCCAACUUCCGGCCGGAUCAGUUCUCGAUCAACAAUUUCCCAGGCAGCAACUAUGGACGCAACAAUGAGAGACGCGGCGAUUUGCCGCCCAUUGAGGCAAUGUCAAGUGGAUCGGGAACUGGCACUGAGGAGCAACCGGGCAGCAGUACUCCGGCGGGUGAGGAGGAGGCCAGGACCACACUGCAGGUGGAACAGGUGGAGGCAGAACCGGCGGCUGCUGCUGCGCUUCCUGUGCCAGCGGCGGAGGAGGCACCGCUCGAGAGUCGGGCCAAGCGAUCGCUACCGGAAACGGACGACUACGAACCGGAAUUCCCCUGGGAUCGUGUCCUGGAGUUCCAGCAGAGCAUCAUUUGGGACUAA